AUGUCAUCCUCAGAGCAUGGUCUCUCCAAGGUCGAAGCGGCACCCAAAGCUGCCUCUCCGAUACCACCUGAAACUGUUGUUCCUACCGACAAUGGGAUCAACAAGUCGGACGAAGUGGACGAUAAAGAGCCUGUCGGUGCUCUGCAGCAAAUCCUCAGCCAGCGACAACUGAUCAUCAUGUUCACUCUGAUCUGGAUCUUCCAGUUCGCAAUGGCCUUCUCCUCCGGCAUCUUCGGCGUCUUAACCCCCUACGUCACAUCCUCCUUCCAAAAGCACGCCCUCACAGCCACGACCUCCGUCGUCGCCUCCAUCGCCUCCGGCAUCGUCAAGCUCCCAUACGCCCGCCUCCUCGACCUAUGGGGCCGCCCGCACUGCAUGAGCGCCAUGGUCGCCCUCGCCACCGCCGGCGCGGUCAUGAUGGCCGCGUGCCGGAACGUCGAGACGUACUGCGCCGCGCAGGUGCUGUACAACGUGGGGUACUACGGGGUUUAG